AAUUUUGCUUGUCCUUGUUGUUCUAAGUAUCAAGGCCUGUAAAGUUGCUGCCUUGAAGUGUGAUGAAAUGAAAUUUGAGCACUACAAACUUGCAGCUGGAGCACCUCUCUCUGCUGAUGUUAAUCAGCACAUGCAAAACUGUCUUGAAAAGAUCAAGAUUUUGGAGCACUGAGCCAUGUGUUGGUCGUAACCUACUGGCCUGCCAAAUUUUGGAGCACUGCUUUGUUUUGCACAACUCAUGAACAGUUUCAAACUGGCGAUUUCUGAUCCAUCCCUUUCAGCUUUUCUUUGUCUUUGGGGUUGUUGAAUCUUAGAUGUUUGAAAGCAUACUAGCUGACCCAUUUUGUUUCGGAGCAUCAUUUCAAGAACUUGUCCAGGACGUGUCCAAGAAUGGAGUUCUCGCAGUGCAGACGCUGAGAAACAAUAUAAUGGCAUCCACCGUCUUGGCAUCAACAGCCAUCAUGCUCAGCUCCCUUAUUGCCGUUCUCAUGACAAGCGGCAGCGGGGACAAGUCAGCCAGGAAUUUUGUGUUUGGGGACAGGAGUGAGUUAGGGUUGUCUAUCAAGUUCUUCUCAAUACUGGUGUGCUUCCUGGUGGCAUUCUUGCUGAAUGUGCAGUCAAUCAGGUACUACAGCCAUGCAAGUAUCCUCAUCAACGUGCCCUUCAAGAAGAUGUGCCCUAAUCAUCGCCAUCAGCAUCUCAGCACCGAGUAUGUGGCUAGGUCCGUGAACAGGGGUAGCUAUUUCUGGUCAUUAGGGCUGCGUGCCUUUUAUUUCUCGUUCCCACUCCUUUUGUGGAUCUUUGGGCCCAUUCCAAUGUUAUUGUCAUGCUUUUUCCUGGUUUCCAUGCUCUAUUUCCUGGAUGUCACCUUGGAAAUUGGGUGGGCUGUAGGUGGCGAGGACGACGAUGGUGGCCACAAGGACGUGGGGUCCCAAAGUCAAGUUUGAUUUCGCUACAAGAGAUGCACUUGAUGUGUACUAGACUAAAGUUAAGAAUCUAGGCAGCAGCAGAAAUAGACAAAGUGCAAUUUAUUUUCAAUACCAAAGUUGACUUGAAUUGCGUUUCAAUUUCCAAAAAAAAGCUGUAUCUGUGUUUUCUAUUGUUAUUUUGCAGUCUAUGCCUGUGUGCGCAACAAGUGUUCCAUCUU